UGUCAACCAAUUUUGCAUUUUUCAUGAUCACCGUCAUAAUUUUUUAAUGACUUGUUUUUCAAGGAAGUGAUAAUAUGAAUAAUAAUCAUAAACAUAUGCUUAGAAUAUAAAACUAGGUGAACAAAUAACCUGGGCCGCGAUGGACGAGCAAAUGAUGACGUCCAGCGAGCCUGCUGGAACUAAAGUUGUGGGGGCUGACGCGGCGGCCGGGCCAGCAAGGCGGGACCUUGAGGAAGAGUUUAACAUGCAAAGAGCUAGGAUGAAGGAGCUUUUCUUGCAGAAAGAAGAGGACCUGCGCUGCUUGAUGCUAGAGAAACAACAACUGGACUCGGAGGUACUGGGGCUCCGCGCGGAGCUGCAACAGCUUCAGACCCUGAGCGAGAACCAGAAGUCUGAGAUACAGAGUCUACAACUACUUGUUAACGAAACAGUGGAGGUGUCGUCAUCAGGCACGGAGGAGCUGCGUCGGCUGACGGCGCGCAACCACGAGCUGGAAAAGCAGCUCGCGCAGCUCAAACAGCAACAGCAAUAUGACUCCAUGAUGGCGCCAGGCAUGUUCGUGCGCACGCUGGCGCGCAAGCUCGUGCCCGACGCAGACGACCCGCAACCCGGCAAGAAGAAUGAGGAGAACGAACUGGCCAACUCUAUCAUCGAGCCGUUGGAGAUGGAAAUCACGGCGCUCAAGAGCAAGCUGCGCGAAACUGAUGCGCAACUACAGGAAACGUUGAAAGCCAAAGCAACACCCGGUGCGACCAGCAGUAGUGGCGACAUCAAAACUGAAACUGCAGAGGGUCGGCAGGCGUGCGACAUGUGUGCGAACUACGAGCGACAAUUAGUCGCCGAGCAGGCGCGCGCGGACGCGGCCCGCGACCGCGCCUGCCAGCUUGAGCAGGCGCUCAAACUGGCAACCGAGGAACUAGAAGGUGUGCGAUCCGUCCACGACGAGACCAUCCGCAGCUGGCAAGCGGAGCGAGCUGACAGCGCCAACAGACUGACGGAGCUCGUGGACGCGCUCAACACUGCCAAGACCGACCUCGCCUCCAAGGCCGAGGCGGCGGACCUGGCGUCGCAGCGCGCGCUCGAGCAGGUCACCACCCUCACUGUGGACAGGGAGACGCUGCAGAAGAAACUUGACACGCUAGAGCGAGACAACGCGAUGCUGGUGGGGCAGUACACCAAGCAGGCAGCUGAGAUGCAGAAUGAGAUUAUCAACUUACCUGACAACGUUGCGGAGUUACAAGAGUUGUCCCUACAACUUCGCGAGCAGCUAAUUGUAUGCGAGACGGGCAGACAGACGGCGCUGGCCGGGGAAACUGAGCUGCGGUCGCAGUUGCUGCAGCACGCUGCGUUGCUGCAUCGCCGCGACACGGAGCUGGCGCAAGCGCUGCAGCGGCUGAAGGAGGCGCAGGAGGAGUUGGACCGACUACAGACUGAGCGAGAGCAGAUGACGGAGCUAGCGGACAAGCUGCGGCACUCCAACGACAUGAUCGAGCAGUUACUCGAGGAUAAAAAACGUCUCCAAACGGAGGCUCUGGAGACGCGGUCGCGCGUCACCGUGCUGCAGCAGGAGCUGGACAACAGCGAGAAGGUGCAGCAGGACUUCGUGCGCCUCUCGCAGUCGCUGCAGGUGCAGCUACAGCGCAUCCGCGAGGCGGACACGGCGGUGCGGUGGCAGCACGACGACGAUGUCAGCGAGUGCAACGCGUGCCGCACCUCGCUGCCCAACAACAAGAAAAAGAUCCACUGCCGGCACUGCGGGCGCAUCUUCUGCGGCGCGUGCGUGGCGCACACCGUGCCGAGCGGGCCGCGCGGGCUGCCGGCGCGCGUGUGCUCCGUGUGCCUCACGCUGCUGCAGCCGCACGCCGCGCCCUACUUCAGCACCAGGCCGCCCAACUCUCCCGACUAGGGCCCCCAACUCUACCAUCUCAUGCGGAAUGUAGUUUAGAGCCUAAACUCAAAUGCCGAACGCCGUCGAACUAAAUCUGUCAUAGCAGCAUACUAGACGCUCCGCAGCCGUCCCGUUAGCCGCAUUGCUAUAACAGCAUUACGCAAUUCCUCUUCAGCACCAGGCCCUCCAACUCGCCCAACUAGGGCCCCCUCCUCUACCAUCUCAUGCGGAAUGUAACAAGUUUAGGGCCUACACCUGUCAUAGCAUCAUAGUUUUGUGUGCAUACGUACUAGACGCUCCGCAGCCGUCCGGUAUGCUGUAUAGCUAUAAUAGCAUUACGCAAUCGCAAUUUCUUACUUCUUUAUUCGUACCUAAAAAGAGACAUCUCUAUCAGUGAUUCUUGGCAGUCAGAGGUAAAGAAAUUUCCUAACUAGGAGCAUCUAUGUAUUUAGUAGAGGAUGUUCAAAGUUUGGAAGCUGCAAAUCUGCGAUGCAACACUGGCGCAUAUUCUGCGGCGCGUGCGUGGCGUGCUACGCUCUACUCCAGCACCAGGCCUCCCGACCAGGUCCCCCACCUCUAUCAUCUGAUGCGGAAUGUAAACAAUUUAGGCCUUACACUCAUAAUAUAAUA